AUGCCUCCAUCGUUACCCUCUAUUUUCUACGACCUCUCCUCUACGGCCUUGGGCAUUUCAGCUAUCGUUGGUGUACUAUUCUUCUAUACACUCGUCAAAAUGCUUGGGUUCGGAUCUUCGAACCAAUUCCCCGUGGAGGGCAGGACUGUGGUCAUCACUGGCGGCUCAGAGGGUAUGGGCAAAGCUGUUGCUUGCCAGCUCGCGGAGAAGGGAGCCAAUGUUGUCAUCGUCGCUCGGACUCUUCAGAAGCUUCAGGAGAGCAUGGAAGCCAUCCGGGGUUCUGCCACCAAUGUCAGCAAGCAGCGAUUCCACUAUAUCAGUGCAGACCUCACGCAACCCGAGGAGUGCGAGCGUAUCAUCAGCGAAGUCACCGAAUGGAACGACGGCAUGCCCCCUGAUAUUGUCUGGUGCUGCGCUGGCUACUGCCAUCCUGGGUACUUCAUCGAGACCUCGAUCAAGACCCUCAAGGACCAGAUGGAUACCGUCUAUUGGACUGCAGCAAACACGGCACAUGCUAUCUUGAAAAAGUGGCUUGUUCCCAUCAACCCCAGUCACCAAAGACCAUUGCCUCGCCGCCAUCUUAUCUUCACCUGCUCCACCCUCGCCUUUGUACCUAUUACUGGGUAUGCACCAUACUCACCCGCCAAGGCUGCCAUGCGUUCCCUGUCAGACACCUUGAGCCAGGAGAUCGAGAUCUACAAUGGCUCCCGUGCGUCGAAGGAGCGAGCCAAAGCAACCCCUGCCGACGUCCGGAUUCACACUGUGUUCCCCAUGGGCAUUCUCAGCCCUGGUUUCGACAAUGAGCAACAGAUCAAGCCAGCCCUCACAAAGCAGCUCGAGUCGGCCGACAGGCCUCAGACGCCCAAAGAAGUCGCUAAGAUCGCCAUCGAGGCCAUUGAGCGAGGCGAGUACCUCAUCACCACGAUGUUCGUCGGCGACAUCAUGAAGGGGUCAGCUCUCGGACCUUCCCCAAGGAACUCAUGGUUCCGCGACACAUUCACGGGCUGGCUGAGCAACUUGGUGUUCCUGCAAGUGGUUCCUGAUCUUCGGAAACAGGCCUACCUCUGGGGGAAGAAGCACGGUAUCCCUACAGACUCCUCUUAG